AUGGUCAGAGAAACUCUCCAAUUCUUCGCCCACCUGCGAAGGACUUCCCGUUUCCCAACUCCUUUCACCUUCAACAAGCUUCUCCACCACCUCACCAGCGCCAAUUGCGGCGAUCUCUCUCUCAAAAUCCUCUCCCAUUUCCUCACCAAACGGUACGUUCCUCACCCUUCUUCCUUCAAUUCCGUCCUCUCUUUUCUCUGCAAAUCGGGUCAGCUAAGAUUUGCCCGAAACGUCGUCGAUUCGAUGCCGAAAUUCGGCUUUUCCCCUGACGUCGUGACUUACAAUUGUUUGGUUGAUGGGUUCUGUAAGAAUCUUGAUGUUGAAGAAGCUUGUUUCGUAGUUAGUAAAAUGCGAAUGGGGAAAUGUGGGCCUGAUUUAGUCACGUUUAAUACACUGUUUAAUGGGUUUUCCAAGACGAGAAUGGAGAGAGAGGCGUUUGUGUACAUGGGCUUGAUGUGGAAAUGUUGUUUGCCUAAUGUGGUUACUUAUAGUACUUUUGUUGACAUGUUUUGUAAAGUUGGGAAUUUUGAUUUGGGUUAUAAGGUGUUUAGGGAUAUGGUGAAUGCCGGGGUGUUGCCGAAUUCAGUUGUUUUUACUGCUUUGCUUGAUGGUUAUUGUAAAGCCGGGAAUUUGGAUAUCGCGUUCGAGUUGUUUGUGGAGAUGAAGAGAUCUUCGGUUUCGCCUAAUGUCGUUACCUAUGCUGCUCUAGUUGACGGUUUUUGCAAACGAGGGGCGUUGGAAAGAGCGGAGUCAUUGUUUUCUAAGAUGUUGGAAGAUGGGGUUGAGCCUAAUUCCGUUGUUUACACAUCGAUCAUAGACGGGCAUUUUGUGAAAGGAAACGUAGAUGAUGCUGUGAAGUAUAUGACUAAAAUGUGUGAUCAAGGUCUGAGGCUUGAUAUGACCGCAUAUGAGGUCGUUAUUCGCGGUUUCUGUAAAAAUGGUCGGUUAGAUAAAGCAAUGGAGGUUAUGAGAAGUAUGACUGAGAGUGGAUUGUUUCCAGAUAAGAUCAUGUUAACCACCGUUAUGGAUGCACAUUUUAAAUCCGGCGAUUUAAAAAGAGCUUUGGAGGUCUACAGGGAGAUAUUGUUUAGAGGUUUUGAACCCGACAUUGUAACUCUUUCGAGCAUAAUGGAUGGAUUAUCCAAGAAGGGGCAUCUUCAAGAGGCUAGAGGCUAUUUAUGCAGGGAGAAGGCCAAUGAAAUCUCGUACACGGUGCUUAUUGAUGGGAUGUGCAAAGAAGGGCACUUUGGUGAAGUUGAAAUGGUUUUCAGGGAGAUGUCCGAGGCGGGGUUUGUUCCCGACAAGUAUGCCUACACUUCUUGGAUUGCUGGGCUAUGCAAGCAAGGAAAGUUGGUGGAGGCUUUUGUGCUGAAGAAUCGAAUGGCUCAAGAAGGAAUUGAACCUGAUUUAUUAACUUAUAGCUCCCUAAUAUUUGGUUUAGCAAACAAAGGGCUAAUGGUUGAAGCCAAACAGGUUUUUGAUGAUAUGUUGAAAAGGGGUAUUUCUCCUGACUCUGCUGUCUACGAUAUUCUAAUCAGAGGCUAUCUCAAGGAAGGUAAUGAAGUUGCAGUUUCGGGUAUGCAUGAUGAAAUGAGAAAAAGAGGAAUUAAAGUUCCAGUUGGCAAAGUAGACAGUGAAGAAAUUUAGGUCCCGUUUAUUCUAUAGAUUCAAUCACAAUUUAAACGUUUUUGUUAGAGUGUUUUUUCUCACGAAAAUUUGACUUUUCGUCAAAACAUUCUAUUCUAACCUAUAGUUCGUACUCAGCCACUAUGCCAUGGAAGGAUGCAAAUAGAUGUUGUAUGAGGUAACUGUAACAAGGGAUGGUCAAGGGCAUAAGUUGAGCCGACUACUAAAGUACUAAUCUUAUAUAAAUCGGCUGACAAGAAAGUGUAAGGCUGAUGGACGACAUUAUUGGUCAAAGAACCAAGCGAUGCCUCUUUGAUGCAUGCUUUCAUGGCUGCAACUGUC